AUGGCACCGUGGGAGCUGCUCGACGAGAGGAGCGAGUCGGACCUCCACAAAGCCCGGCUACUUAAUGUCGAGGAGAAGCCGUUUAAGCGUAUCACUAAACGCCUCGGUUCGAUAUCCAAAAUAGUAUCCAUUGCGGCCGGAUACCAGGAGGCUCGCAAUGGUACCGAGCUAUCCGCGUUACUUGGCAUCCAUUCCUUGCGAGAAGACCUUACAUUCGACUUCGCCGCCUUUGACAGCAGCAUCGCGCGUUUUCAGUUUCUCCACGAUGCAAAUAGACACGAGCGUGGGCGAUACGAUGCGGACCAACGGCGCAUUCUGGCAGAGUGCCAAGCCGUUCGUGCAAACAACGCGCAGCUUCGGGAGCAGCUGGAUGCUGCCCGUGCGACACUAGCGCAACGGAAAAAGUUUGAUGAGCUGGCAGAAAAGAUAACAUCGAAUCGACUAUUAAAACCUCGCGAGGAUCAGUUCGCCAACCUAGCGAAACUGGAGGUGGAAUGCCGAGAGCUUGAGCGCGAGAGCGAGACCUACAGGGAAACUUGGAACGAACGGCGCGACCAGUUCAAUAGGAUCAUGGAGGAGGGAAUGAUGUUGCGUCGUCAGAUCCGCGACGAAAAGGAAGAGGUUGAUAGAAGAGAAGGAAUGGACGAGGGUGGUGAAGAUGACGCAGAGCCUGAAAAGGACGACAAAGGAGACUAUACACCUCGCAUAGCCCCGAUCGACAAUCCCUCUCCGCUCCCCGAUGACGAGGGUCAGCCCAAGACGACCGAGAAUGAAGUCGAAACCCCACGACCGAUGUCCUCCGGCGGUACCCCGGUACCUGAUAAGACCAAGUCUUGGUUGUCGCUCCCGAAGGAUGGGAGGCGACGUCGCGAGCCGCUGGACGCACAACUGCCGACGCAGGUUGCCGAUGAUGCGUCUCGCUCGGACGUGGAUAUGGGUGACGCCGAGCAGCCUGCGAAGUUGACGGGGGAGGGCGAUGACGGCCAUGCUACCCACAAGUCGGAGCAGCGUAGCACGACUAGCAUGGAGAUUGAUGAUUAG